GGGGUAAAGUCGUUCGUAAUGUCGGUGCUCGGUAAUGAGUUAAGUUGAUUUGUUCAGUUGAUUGCACACGUUAGUUUAAUGGAACCAAAAUCUAUAACUAGAUCAUUUUGCCUACAUUUUUGUGAGUGAAAAGAGUGAAAGAAGUUUCCAUAAACUCGAAUUUGAAAUGGCAAACGAAACGGCGAAAUUAAAGUGAUGGCGGGAGAACCACGUUCACGUGGUUUUUCUUUCCUCAGCGUAACAAUUUAUUGAACUCGCGUUGAAUUAGAUCGCUUUAGUGGCUACAGUGAACAGCCGAUGAGUGAACAAAUAGAAUCAGUCGAUUGGCUGUUACUUUGAGAGUGCCACAUUAAAUAUUUCAUUCGCCAGAUUGUGUAUCGUCCCAAGAGUCACUCGUGUAUUUACCCCAUUUGAGUCUGUUCAUUCUCGUGCGUGUGUGCACAUCCUCGUGCUGCUUCCAUCUUGUAUAACUCGUCUCUUUUUGGAAAAAAGAAGAACAUGCCAAAGACCGAGAAAAUCCGACAAUUCUUUUCCCGUUUCCGGGCAGAUUCGAAACAGAGUCGGCAGCAGCAGCUGAGACUGAAAAAUGCACAUACCAAACGUUCAUGUAAGAUUGAUUCCCCCGGUCGGCCAUCGUUGGAGGAGUCGUACCGUAGUAAUGGCUGGUAUAGCUCUUGCCAUGUAUUAGUCAACGAGGGAAAAGAAAAAUGACUGGUGAAUCCCGCCGACAUCAUCCGCUGCUACUGCAACAACUCGACAUCAAAGAUUCAACAACAACGGACGGUCCAGUUCACGAUGAAAGGUUAGAUUUCAGCUCUCUCUCUCUCUCUACGUAUCUAUCUGUCAGUUUGUUUUCCCUUGUCUCCGCCCCUGCAAUUGAACGACUAACUGUGUGCACAGGUAAAAACCUCUCUCCAUCACGCAAUCUCACGAAUAGCUUUCACCAAUCUUGAGAGAGACAAAGAUUUUCUGACCAAUGGCCGAGCUCGAUGAAAUUGAAUGUCGAUUUCCCAGUCGCCAGCAAUGGAAUUCUCAAUUCGCCAACGACUUUUGACUUGACAACUGAUUUGUUGUCCCUUGUUUCUAUUGGCCAGAAAACACAAUCAGUCGAGUUUCAAUCGAGAAACCAAUUUAUUAUCCCCUCCACUGACUAAUUCCCGAAACUUCGAUACAUCUCGACGCUGGACUCCAAACCAAACAAUAGACCGAUGCAAUGAGAGAAAGAGAGGAUAUGCUGGGCAAGUUUGGCUGUCUGUAGAUAUAAUGACAGGAAGUGUUUUUAUUAUAUUCGAUGUGGGGUGGGGUGGGGGUUUGUUGUUAUUUCUCUGUGUGUGACGUGUGGCCGAGCAGACACACACACACACAUAUCGCGAUGUGAACGUCCAUGACCGUCGUCUCCCAAAUAAUAGGAAAAAAGAAAAGAUAUUUACCAAGAGAUAGCGAUGGCCUAGUGGUUGGGCUCCUAUUGCGUACGUGCAGCAGCUCCUCCGCGAAGGGGCUAGAAGGAAAAGAAGAAAAAAGUUGUUGUUGUUGUUGUUGUUGUCGACACACACACAGAGAGAGAGUAAAGAAACGAAAAAAAAUAUAUAGGCCAAAGUAUAGUAGGGGGUAAAAGUCGACCCCGGUGGGUGGGUAUAUCUUAUGUACUACCCCGGCUCUUACGCCUCCUCCUCCCGCAACCGCGCGGGCGCGUAACCGAAAGGAAAAAAAACUCACCCCCUCCCUUCUUUUUUUCCCCUUCAAGAAGUUGCUGCUGUUGUUGUUGUGUGUAUAUGUAAUCUUGCGUCAAGGAGGAAACACAAGAAGGGGGAUUUUUCUUCUUCAAGAGUUUGCCAAAAAAGCCCCGAAGGCAGGCAAAAAGAAAAGGAAUAAUAAUAAUAAUAAUGGAUAUAAAAUAACCUUAUAGGUGGUUAUUACGCUUUACAUUCGGAGGGAAGUAACUUUUUACUCCCCCUUUCUUUUCUACCCUCCCCUGGAAAAACAACAACAACUUUUUGUUGAUUUGGUUCAACCAAAACAUUUUUUUCCGACUUUAAUUUUUAUUAUCGUACGUUACUCUUGAUCUUGUCAGAGAGAUAUCAAACGAUAGUCUCUCUACACCAUCGUUCGGUUCAUUGACUUGUGCCUACCUUCUACGACUGCCAUUACUUUACUGUUUCCCCAAAUCGUGUAAACGCGUGUGUAAUAAUAACUCGAGCACCGAGGAAAAACGCCAACAAAAUGGAAGAAUCCAAAAAGAAGAGGGUGGGGGACGGAGAUUAAGGUGUGUUCAUGUCCGGCCUUAUAGGCUGUAUUAUACACAUACGUCUAACGAUACCUGCUGUGACGACUUGUCGACUUUUUGUGUACCGAAGAAGAGAGGAAGAAAAGAUAAGGGAACAACGACGGCGACGCUAGGGCCUGUUGUUCCAGGUUCCCCCCUCUCAACCCAGAUAUGAAGGAAGCAAACACCACCACCACCCCCCGAAAAAAAUCGUGAAAAAGGGGGCCGGACCGAAAUUUGUUGUUAGGCUCAAGACCGGCACUGCUGCUGCUACUUUACUCUGGCACGCCGAGCGACGUGAGCCGAGCACUCAGUAUUUCAGUUGAACGCGUCCGGUGAUGAUCCAUCGGCGACUCCCGAAAAUUACACAACUCGUCGCGGGUUUCGACAAGAAAUUAGAACGGAAGAACUUUUUUUCUUUUGAAAAGUAAAACUCUGGUGAUUUCAACAACAACUUGACACAACUGACAACUGGAACAAGUUGGGAGAGAUGGCGGCCGGUCGGCGGUCGACAUGAAUUCGGAGUUCCAAUUGAAUCGGCCGUCCGAGUCCUGCGGUGCCUGGCCGUGAAGGGUCAACCCGAAAGUGCUGUGUGUCUCGUUUUGUGCGUGCGCCCUUUUCUCUUUUCGGCUGAAUCGAGUGCCAAUCGUUCGCGGACAGACCCUGGCGACGUACAGCAUCCAAGUAAAAAGUCAUUGCCAAAUUUCCCACGUUCCGCACUCUGCGAGACUUUCUUGGCCGUCUCUUAUUUGUUUCAUUUUCGCUGUCCGCUAUAAAACAAGGACCAUCCCCGAAAGACCAGCCCAAACAACCCAACAGCAACAACAACAAAUCACCGCGCAGCCGCUUUUGGUGGGUGUGUUGUCGUCGCUUCAUUAGACCAGCCGCAUCAUCGUCAUGGCUUUGUCGUGUUUAGCCGGCACCAAUCCCGUUCUACCCGUCAACUCGAGAACUUCAUGUCCCGUUGGUGGAUCAGCGGCUUCCGGGCGCAGUGGUGGCGUCGUCAUCAAGACGGAAGCGGGAAGCGUCGAGAAUAUGCUGGAAACGCAGUGUAACGGCGAUCCCAACAACAGUUCGAGCGUAGGCGGUGGCCAGCAGUCCAAUCCUGGAACGCCUUCGCCCAACAACAGCAGCAACGACGGACCAGUCGGCGGUGGCCGAUCCGGCAGCGCUUUAUCGGCUCCAUCGCCCGUCGGCGGCAAUUUGACUAUGCCGCUCUUUUCUCACCACCACCAUCACCAGCAGCAACAGCAGCAGCAGCAACAGCAUCAACAGCAGCAAGCUGCUCUGGCAGCCGCCGGUCUCUUCCGGGCCGCCAGUUUGGCUCAAUCGUAUCCGGGUGGAAUGGUCGGACAACUCGGUCCGCAUUCGCACCACUUGCCGAGUUUGAUGGCCAGCCUGCAAGCCGUUGCAUCGGCCGGAGUUGGCGGAGUACCGCUCCAUCACCACCACAAUCAGCAACGGGCAGCUGCGGCCGCCCUGGGUGGACUCCUGCCCGGCGUGACGCUGCCGUUCAACUUUCCGUCCAUGUCGCAUCAGCAUCAGAGCGCGUUGCUCAAUUGGUCGAAAUUGGCGCAAAGUGCGGCGGCGGCGGCGGCGCUCGGAGUCGACGGACUCGGUUCCAUCAUCCAGCAACAGCAGCAGCAGCAGCAACAACAACAACAUCAUCUUCUUCAUCAGCAGCAGCAGCAACAGCAGCUUUCGCCUGAUUCGUCGUCCAAUCCGGUGCGGAAGAAGAGCAACAACAACCGGAACAACGGAACCAACAACCACAACAACGCGACGCAGCUCCCGCUGGUGACGAACGGCUGCUACACGGGCGGAUUGAUCGUCUCGCAUCACACCGAUCACGUCCUGCCGUCGGUUGUCCACCAGCUGACCAAGAACAACUCGAAAACGGCCAACAACAAGACCAACAACAAACCGGUCAAGGCGGCCGUGGCCCGUCGCAACGCCAAAAACAGCAACACGAUCCGCAAUCAGGGUCUGCAGGAUCACCAUUUGCUGCUGGGCGGUGGCGAGGACAACCACCACCACCUCAACCACCACCUCAAUCACCACCACCACCACCUGGCCAACACCAUCAUCGGCAGCGUGGGCAUCAAGCCCAGCGAUUUGAUCAUCACGCCGGAUGCCGAUCCUUCGAUGGUGAGUCCCGUUGCCAGCAGUUCUCCUCCUUCGGUAAACGGUUCGAGCGGUGGGAGCAGCAGCAGCAGCCGCAGCUCAAUCAAGUCGGGAAUCAACCCGGUCUCUGGCUCUGGCGGACAGACGGUGAACAACACGAGCCAGUUGCAGUCGGGCCAGCAGACGGACAGCCGCAGUGUUUCGUCUGUGGUGGACAACGUGUCGCUGACGUCGUCGUCGCAGCAGCAGCAGCAGCAGCGGGACAAGGUGUUUAGCUGCUCCAUCUGCCACCGGACGUUCGGCUACAAGCACGUCCUGCAGAAUCACGAGCGGACCCACACGGGCGAGAAGCCGUUCGAGUGCAAGCAGUGCGGCAAGAGAUUCACGCGCGACCACCACCUCAAGACGCACAUGCGCUUGCACACGGGCGAGAAGCCGUACAACUGCACGCACUGCGACCGCCAGUUUGUCCAGGUGGCCAACUUGAGGCGCCACUUGCGGGUGCACACGGGCGAGCGGCCCUACGCCUGCGAGCUCUGCACGUCCAGGUUCUCCGACUCGAACCAGCUCAAGGCCCACAAUCUCAUCCACAAGGGCGAGAAGCCGUUCCAGUGCCAAAUCUGCUCCGGCAAAUUCCGCAGGAGGCACCACCUCAUGCAUCACAAGUGCCCAAAAGAUCCGGCCGGAUCGGGCGGCAGCCACGCCACUAGGCCCAUUGGACUGGUGGCUGCCAGCCGGACCAGCACCAAAAUGAUUGGGCUGACCAAAGAUCUCCACCAUCUGGUCGAUGACGAUCUGGAGAGCGAGCCGCCACCAACUCCGUCCAGUUGCUACGCCAGUCCACCGGAUGAGGACGACGAAGAUUUGGAGGAGGAAGAAGAUUUGGUCAUGCCGUUGAUGAAACAACAACAACAGUUGAAAGCCAUGAGUCAGCAGCAGCAACAGCAGCAGACGGGCAACCGAGGACGGAAACCGCGGGAGACGAGACGGGUCAUCCGGCCGUCUGAGAAUGUCGGCGCAAAGAGCAACGGCGGAGUCGGGCCGACCACUCCGCAAGGUCCCGAGCAGACGGAACCGGAGGAUUUGUCGACGUCGUCGCGAAUGCGCCACGCCUCGACGUUCAGCGUCGGAUCGACGGGCGGAUGGAGCGCCGCCGGAUCGGUUUCCAUCGAUUUGAAUUCGGAUCGCGACGACGACGUGGAAGAGGAGGACGAAGACGACGUGGUCGACGGGCUCCUGGGCGAACCUCACAACCACCACCACGACAUGGACGACGAAGAGGACGACAUGUCGGACACGGCCGAUCUCAUCCAGCACCAGCGCAAGAAGCAGCGCCGCAACGCCCUCGAUCUCGUCCACGCCCGCAACACUCAGGUGGCCAAGUAAAAAAGAAACAAAAUAGAAAUUUCGUGUUUUUAAACCAAAAGAAAAACAAAACAAAAAAAGAAACCACAACCAAACCAACGGAACAACAUUCGCUUUAUAUCAAACUUUUGAGUAAACAACAUUUACACCAACGACAGGGUUUUUCUCUUUUCAAACAAAAAACAAAAGAUUAUCUUUUUUAACUUUAUAUUAUCAUGAAUUAUCGUGUUUAUAAUAUGUGUGUCACUUGUCUGUUGUGUCAAAUUCUCUUUACGAUUUUUUCCUCCUCUUCAUUUGAAUUUUUUGAAUUUUUCUUCGAAGAAUCGUAAACGGGUAAAAAGUAAAAAGAAGAGAAAUGUGCGGAAUCCGCGCGCCGAUUCCGCCCAUCGAAAAUCCGAUUUAACCUUUUUUUUCAAAAUUUUUAGAAACGCCCUGGACUAUUUGUAAGGUCCAGAUUUGAAAUUUUCCCCCCUCUCGCUGAAUCGCUCCUAACCCCUCCAAUCAACCCCCGUAAACUCCUUUUUUAAUUUAUGGCUUGUUGUCAUUCAUGUCAAAAUGAAUGUCGUGCCGGUAUUUUUUUUUAUUUUUCAUUCCCGCCCCACCCCUUACAUCCCCUCCACCUCCCUAAAACACACACCAAACACACAUCAGCCUUAUAUAUAUACAUAGCAUCUAUUAUAUAAUUAUGUCUGGUGUGGGUUGGGUGUUCCAGAGAGAAACGGAAGAGAGAGCAACGGCCAGAAUCACACACACUCACAUACAAACUAAUGCUACUACUACUACCCCCUCUUCGUUUUACCUAUUAAUUUUCGCCAUCCUUGACAUUUUUUUAAAUUAUUUUCACGCUCCUUAAAAAAAGAAAAGAAAAAUCCUCCCAGCCGGAACAUCGGUAGCAUUUUUGAACAACAAAGUUUUGAAAAAAUCCUCCCAGUGACACAACAAAAGAUUUUUGGAAAGAAAAGAAAUGGAGUUCCGCAACAACAACAACAGCAACAACAGACAUGGAGAGAGAAAUGCGCAACGGGUGGUUCCGAUUCGGUCAACAAUGGCGACAGUUUGAUAGGAAACGAUCGAAAAAGAAUAAGACGCGAGCGUUCGCCUUUGAGUUUUUUCUUGUGUGUUCCAGUUGCGCAUUUUUAUUCAUUUUGGAACACUACAAACAAGCAAACACAAAAGGGCACACAAAGAGAGAGGAAAACAUGGCGAAUGACUAGGCAAUGCUGGGCAGAAAGUGGAUGGCUUCUUCUUCUUGGUCUUCUUGCAUUUCUCCCUACACCGCCACCCCCACACUGGACUUUUUGUGAUGUGCAUUGUGUGUUACACGAUGGUCGGCGGCCAUUUUGUUUGUAUGUCGUGUGUGUGUCGAGUCUGGACCAACACCCCCUCACCUCCAUAAUAUUUCUAAAUGAUUUCAAUAUGUGACAAAUUACUAAGUUUCGGACUAAUUACGUCGGAGAAGUUGGUUUUGAAAUCAAAAUUCGAGCGCGGGAAAAUUUAAAUUUCUUUCUUUCUUUUCAAACAAUUUUUGAAAAUAAUUCAAAUUAUAUUGAAUUCAUAUAAAUAUGUACGUCUUCCUAUCAACGAAAAAACGACAGUUCCUCUUUGUUUCUGGGGCGCUGGACUCAAUCAACGAUAAUUGAUCCGGCAAACCAAGAAAGCCACACACCCAAGUUCCUAAUAAUUCCUAAUGUGAAAGAAAAUUAAUGAUAAGAAUUGAUAAUAACGUGUUUCUCUUUUCCUUUUUUUAAAUUACUUUUUCUCUCUUCAUUUUCGUAUAUUAAAUUUGAUUGUAAGAUUUAGACGAAUUUCAAUUAGGUAGUGUGAUUAUUUUUCUCCUUUUAUUACGUCGUGUCAUGAGAUAAUGAUCAACGUGCACCUCAGGGUUUUUCCUCUUUUAAUUCAAACAUUUUUGUGUGUGUGUCGAUUGCAUCAUAGUUAUAUUACCCACAUUCUUUUUUCUUUAGUUUUUCGAAUAUUUUGGUGUGUAAUUUAAUUUUUUUCUUUUUCAAUUUUGCCCAAUUAUUACGUAAACUUUUGCAUUCAAUUUUGUUUGGUUUUGAUUCAUUUCGAUUACGGGUAUUCAGUUGGUUUUGAAUUUUGUUUCGUUGAUUGUCUCUCUGUGUUUGAGUAAGUGUCGUCUAUUUCAUUUUGUAAUUUUGAACGAUGGGAUUUCCUUAUUAUUUUUUUUUUCAAUUAUUUUUUAUUCUGAAAUGGAUGGAAGAGAUGGAGAUGAGACUCUAAAGAGAUGUGGUAUGGCCGGCCCUUUGGAACCAAAACAAAACAAAACCGUCAUAGCCGUCAUUUGGAUGAAAAUCCGGUGAUGAUGUUGUUGUUGUAAUAACGUUGGGAAAGGUGUAUGAAAAAAUUGUGGCAAAAGGAAAAAAAAACGACAAAUUCAGGCAAAAUAUUUUUUUUUUU